AUGUCAUUUCAGCGUGGCGUUAACCCUUGUCUCCUCCGUCCUCUCAUCGAUGCCCACUUAAAUUCCCCUAGUCUGCCCGAGGGCGCGUUUCUGAACGACAAUGUGGUGGACGGGCCCAUGGUGGAGAUCACGUGGGAGCCGUAUGGCGACACCUGCAGCGCGCCGCUCCCAGCCUCUUCGCUAGCCAUGGCAGGCCUUCCGUGCCAGGUGACGGCUGCGCUUGGGGGAGCGCGGCUCGCAUUUCACUACGACGUGCGACCUGCUUGCACCAUUAGCAAUCCUGUCUCGAGUCUCGUGCGAAUUUCACCAUUUUGGGGCGAGGCGAUUGGGGGUGUGCACGCGAAAUCAGGAUGCGUGGGAUCGAGAGAGCGGUUCUUCCAACACGCGUCGACCCGUGAGCCGAGAGUCUGCGUUAGGGCGUUUGGCAAGGAGGGAGCGAGCGACAUUGACGGCAUAUUGGCUAGCGUAUCAGACAACAGACAGCAGAUCCGAGAAAUUCUCGCGAAUUCGGGCUCACCUGAUGCGGACGUGAGCGCGGGAAUGGGCGUGGGAGGGUGCGACUUCCUGCAGUCAGGCUGCGGUUCCGACUGUCCGAUAUGCGCAUCCGCGGGUGCGGGAGGGCGCGCCAGCGAUGGCGAAGCCCCGCCGUGCCUGAUAGGCCUCACGACGGCCGCUCAAUUCGCGCGCAAGGACGCCACUCUGCUUGCCAGGGGGUUCUGGUCGCUGGACUCGAGGGCGCGCGAGGACGUGGCGCUGCUGGGAUCCAAGUUCCUCACGCUCGACGCGAGGGCGCGGGAGGACGCGGGCGUGCUGGAUGCGCGCGCGCGGCUGCGAGUGAGGCGCCUGCGACACCUGGCGCUGGGGUUGGAGGAGAGUGCACGCGAGGAGUUGAGCCGGCAGGCCGCACAGCACUGGCGAGAUGGCGCCCUCGCGGCGGAUUUGCGGCUGGCUGACAUGCGCAUGAGGCGGCGAGGGCUAGAAGACGUCUUCCUGGCUCUGCAGGUGGUGAAGAGCCUUCAUUCCGCUAUAGUCACACUGCUUCGCCCCGACGUCCUUCCCUCUACCGCCCCUUCCACCCCUGCUUCCACACCCUCCAACACUCCUGCCACCACCUCAAGAAGAAGCAGCACCGCUUUGAACCCAUCGACACCCCUUCAAGACAGUUCAGCUGUAUCCACCCCCUACUCCAGCCAAGCCGCCGUCCCACCAUCUUCCUCACAAUCGCGUCCUUUGAUGGACUCUCAGAGCGAGGGUGCAGAGGGGAGUAGAUUGGAGGAGGAUGGGGAGGAAAGGAGGUCUGUGAGCACGAAUCCCCUAACUCCACGUCAGCGGCAGCAUCCGCUAUCCACACUGUCGUUCAAGACGCUUGCUGCACUUGACGAGCUGUACCGUGAGAUCGGCCCGCACUCCCUCGCACCAGUGGAGGGGGAGGAGGACGGGGAGGAGGAGGAGUGGGGAGUGCUGGGAGUGGGGGGCGACGACAGCACCACAGAGGAGCUGGGCUUCCUGCUGGCAGCACUGGUGGACAUGGGCGAGGUGAGCAGCAGCUACGGCCUGGCUCUGCUGCACCGCUGCUGCGCCUCCCCCCACGCGGCGCUGCGCCUCACGGCCGUUGACGCCCUCUCCAGCGCGCCCUCCCUCUCCUCCCUCGGGAAUGCCGGCUGCGCCGUGCUGCAGAAGCUGACAAACGAUGCCGAUCCGGAGGUGGCAGAGGCAGCAGCCAUGGCCAUAGCACAGCUGCAGGAGAAAUGGCAACAGCAGCAGCAGCAGCAGCAGCAGCAACGGGAGGAGGAGGAGCAGGGCGGGGCAGCAGGCACAGGUUUAACCGGUGCCUUGUCUCUGGAGCAGGCAUUCAGCCGUGCCGCUGCCAAAUGGCAACGUGCUGCUGGUUCUGGGGGUGCAACUGAUGGCGGGCACGCAGAGGAGAGCAGUGAUGGCAGUGCAGAUGGCAGUGGUGAUGGAAGUGCAGAUAUUAAUGCUGAUGGUGACAGUGGUGGCUGUAGAUAG